GCAGAACUACCGCCCCAGCAGCUCCCGGGCGGCGCCACGUCCGCUCCGCUGGGUGAGGCCGGGGUCCGGCAGGGCCGGCGGGUCUGCAGGGCCGGGGGCUCGUCGCCGCAGUUCUACCCCUCACAACGCAGACAUGGCGGCCCAGAAAGACCAGCAGAAGGAUGCCGAGGCUGAAGGGCUGAGUGCCACGACGCUGCUGCCGAAGCUGAUUCCAGCCGGCGCAGGCCGCGAGUGGCUGGAGCGGCGCCGCGCGACCAUCCGGCCCUGGGGCACCUUCGUGGACCAGCAGCGCUUCUCGCGGCCCCGCAACCUGGGUGAGCUGUGCCAGCGCCUCGUACGCAACGUGGAGUACUACCAGAGCAACUACGUGUUCGUGUUCCUGGGCCUCAUCCUGUACUGCGUGGUGACGUCCCCCAUGUUGCUGGUGGCUCUGGCCGUCUUCUUUGGCGCCUGUUACAUUCUCUAUCUUCGCACGUUGCAGUCCAGGCUUGUGCUUUUUGCAUCCUCUGCCGGUACCCACAUUGGACACCAGGUGGCGACCUUCCACGGGUCUACAUCUGGCCCCGUCCCUUUUCCUGCUUCCUGGGAUGGGACCAGAAAGGUCUGGGGACUUCUUAGAGAGGGAAGCUGAGGACUGUCGCUCAUGCGUUUCCAGACUGGUAGCAAACACCCCUGGGAAGUCAAGAUGCCAGGGGAAAUAUCCCCCAGGGGAAAGUCAAGGUUUGGAGUGGGGUCAGGGAGUUGGGAGUCAGACAUUCAGGUAGACCCUCAGGCAGGGUUCUUCGGGGUCCUGCAAGGUGUGUCCGCACAAAGUUGGGCUGGGGUGGAGGGGUGUGGAGAGAGCGCCUAAGCACAGCCACUGCUUGGCUUCAGCUGACUGCUGUCACCUCAGCAGCAGAUCCGAGCUUCCAGCCUUCUGUGAGAAGCCAGAAGUCUAUAUGUUUAUGUGAAAUCAUUCAGUUUGUCAGCCUCCAAUCAAAUUCUUGUGAAACAUCUCACAAAACACAUCCACAGGUCAGACUUGGCCCUUGGGCCACCAGUGUGAGACUCCUGGUCCACGAGAGUGCUGCCGCAGGAGAACCCUCGUCUGGGGCAGUGGGAGGCUGGGAGCUUCUGGGGCAGAGGGCAGACGGCGGGGGCUGAGGAGGGUGAGGAAGGUGUGCUGUGUUCUGGGUGGCACCAGGGACAUCAGGGGCCAGGACUUGGAGGGCCUUGGUAGGAGGAGUUUGGAUUAGAUUGUGAGGCUCCCAGAGCUUGUGACACAGAUUGUUGGGGGGCUGCAGGGGUUACUUUGGGAGAGGGCACAGAGAGCUGGAACAGCUGCCCCAAUGCCAUCUGU